GUGUCCAGCCGGCCGGCUUGUUUGGAGCCGCCUGCCCUUCGACACAGCCGGGGGCUGGGGGGAAAGCGCCGCGUGGCCGUCAACGGCGGCAGGAGUGGGGACCGGCGCGGAGAGGACCCGCUUAGCACAGAGCCGCCGACAAGUGCUUCCUGUAAAGUAUUUUGUAGAAGAAUGCAUUCUUCAAAGAAUAAAAAUGUAGAAAAGCCAGAACCAUUUUAUAGACCUUCAGCACCUAAGCAGAAGACCAGUGCUGAGAUAAUAAAUGAAGCACGAAAUGCACUAAGGACUUUAAGAACUCAGAGGCCAUUUACACCUAGAGAGGACCAAAGGAAACUUUUUGGAUCUGCUUCUUCACGAACACCAGAAAAUAGACCACCAUCCACUUUUAGUCUCCAUGCUUCCAGUUUUGAAUCAGGCGAAUCAAGAUCGGUGUCUGGUACACGUCUCAGCCCACUGGACCAUAAGCCAAAACUACUUUCAUCACCUAUAAAAGAUGAAGAUUCUUCCAUUUCCUUCCCGAAGCCUCCAGUGGACCCAAUGGAGGUUAGGAAAGUCAGCAGUGCCCGGGCUCGCUUAUGUAGAACAGCUUCUCAGGGAAAUCUCCUUCCAGAUAAAAUACUUCUUCCUGAUGAGAAUAAGGAGGGGGUAAAUUCUGAAGAACCAGCUACCAUGGAUGACCUUUCAAGAAGAAGUAAUAAAAGUUGUUUAGCAGAACUAAGUCCACACUCCAAUUUUAAGGAUGAUGAUACUCCACUAAUUUACAAUGAGCGUAAUAAGGCAGAGGAGCAAGACUUCUUAAAAGUGGCAGUAGCAACAUCUCCAUUGCAAUUCAGAAGUGGAAGUGACCAAAUUAAAAACGGUGACAGGGCUUCAUCAAAUCCAAGCAGCACUGGCUGGAAUAAAUCAGGAAGCAAAGCAGGCUCAGAGAAUGACUCAAGAGUAAAUGAAACUGAAGAGGAAGAAAACUACUGGAAUGUAAAGAUUGUACCAAUUGUGUAUGAAUUAGAGAAUGAAGACAAUAUAGAAAACCUCUGCCUUGCCUGCACCAGUCUCCAUCAAGCCUUGGAAGAAGGAAAUAUGUUUGGAAAGAGAUUUAAAAGAAGAAGUGUGCUUUUGAAGAUAUUAUAUAAACUAGUUGACAUUGGUUCAGAUCCACUUGGCCUGAAACUGGCAAGAAUGAUUCUGGCUCUGAAAGUAAGUGGAAAGAAUCUGCUCAAUGUCUGCAAGCUUGUAUUUAAAAUUAGUAGAAAUGAGAAAAAUGAUUCGCUCAUUCAAAAUAAUAGUCUAUUGGAUUCUUUGUUGGAGAUCCUGAGAUUUGAAGAUCUACAAACAAACAAUGAGGCUUUUCUCUAUUGCUUGGGAGCAAUAAAAUUCAUUUCUGGAAAUGCAGUACUCCUUAAUGAACUGGUUAACAAAGGAGCUGUUGAAAUAUUCUUUCAGUUAAUGAAGCAGAUUAAUAAUAUUAAAGAAAAUGACACAUGUUUCUCCAACUUGGGCCACCUAUUAGUCCAGCUGACAGCUACUUUGCGAAACUUGGUUGAUUUACCUCUUUCAAGAUGCCAGCUCCUGUGUAGUGGUGCAGUUUCAGCGCUCUGGGUGGUGCUGGAGCAGCGUAUGAAUGAUAAGGAUAUAUGUACCAAUAUUGUCAGGAUAUUCAGCAAACUUUCUUCCUACAAUGACUGCUGUGCAGCUCUGGCAGCCUGCUCCAGAUGUUAUGUCUUAUUUUUAGCCCUUCUAAACAAACACCAAAAGAAGCAGGAUUUAGUUGUCCGUGUUGUUUUCAUUCUUGGCAAUUUAACAGCGAAGAACAAUCAGGCCCGUGAACAAUUUUUUAAAGAGAAAGGAAGUGCUGACACCCUGAUAUCAUUAUUCCAAACCUACAAUGAAUUUGAUUUGAAUACAAAAAGAGAGAAACAUGAAGGAGAAGAAAAUAAAUCAAAACAAAAGCAUCCUUCAGAAGCAGAAGAUGUCCUUAUAAAACUGAUAAGAGUGCUCGCCAAUCUCUCCAUUCAUCCUAGUGUAGGUGCUGUUCUGGCAGCUAAUCAUCACAUUGUGGCAUUGCUUGUUACGGUGCUAGAAUACAAGUCAAUUGAUGACUGUGAGGAGCUGGUGAUCAACGCUGCCGCAACAAUCAACAAUUUAUCCUACUACAAAGUGAGGAAUUCUGUAAUUGAAGACCAGAAGCUACGCAUUGCAGAGUUACUUCUAAAGCUGCUAAUGAGCAGCAAUAUGGAUGGAAUUCUGGAGGCUGUUAGAGUCUUUGGCAAUCUUUCCCAAUACCUUGAAAUCUGUGACUUCAUCAUACAAAGGAAGGUAUACAAGUUCAUGAUUGCUUUGCUCGAUGCCAAACAUCAAGAUGUCUGCUUUUCUGCCUGUGGAGUUCUGCUAAACCUUACUGUGGAUAAGAACAAACGGGCUAUACUAAAGGAAGAAGGAGGAAUUAAGAAGUUAGUUGAUUGUUUAAGAGACUUUGGGCCUACAGACUGGCAGUUGGCUUGCUUGAUAUGCAAAACGCUGUGGAACUAUAGUGAAAAUAUCACAAGUGCUGCAUCAUGCUUUGAAGAAGAAGAUAUCAAUACGCUCCUAGUGCUGCUUGCAUCAUUUUUAGAUGAGGAACUAGCAUUGGAUUACAACUUCGACAGUGAUUUAAGGGACUAUCACAAACUCUAUUGGGAAACAGAGUUCAAGCCUGUAGCACAGAAGCUUCUCAACAGAAUUCAAAGCCGCCAUUCCUUCCUUCAGCCUAUAACUAUUACUUCAUUUUAACCUGGUGGCUGCGAAACUGUUACUACAAACCACAGAAUAUUUCAGCUGUUUUAAAAUAGUAGUAGUAAAUGCAAACAGGGUUUGCUAUUAAUAUAUUGAAAACAACUCCAUUAAGUGCUGAUUGAUUAUUUUUGUAUGUAGAUUGUAUAUUUAACGAUUGCUGAUGCUACCUAUACAUUUUCAUUGGCAAGCAUGUUGGACAUUAUGGGGAAAAUGAAUAAAAUUAAUUUAUCUCACA